ACAGGGAGCCUGUCAGCACUCCACUAGAAGCUGCCUGGAAGGCCUGGCGCCAGAUGCGGGAGACCUGGGAGGCCCACAGAGAGGGCGAGAAGGAGGGCAAAGCGCCCUCAGCCCGCCUCUUGGCCUCCCCUGAUGGUGGGCGGAUGAGUAAUGCGUCCAGGAAGCCUGGAGGCCUGUGGUUUCCGCACCACCGCCCCCGCCCCUUGAGGGGUGGACAUUUAGCCUCUGCCGCCAGGCCCUGCCGCCAUCGCCAUCGUCUGCAGACCCCGCUGGCAGAGAACUCACCAUGGCCCCCUUUGCACCCCUGGUCUCCGGCAUUCUGAUGUUGCUGUGGCUGACAGCCUCCAGCAGGGCCUGCACCUGUGUCCCAUCUCACCCCCAGACAGCCUUCUGCAACUCUGACCUCGUCAUCAAAGCCAAGUUUGUGGGAACCACAGAAGUCAACCAGACUGCCUUAUACCAGCGUUAUGAAAUCAAGAUGACCAAGAUGUUCAAAGGCUUCCAAGCCCUGGGGGAUGCCCCUGACAUCCGGUUUGUCUACACCCCUGCCAUGGAGAGUGUCUGCGGCUACUUCCACAACUCCCAGAACCGCAGUGAGGAGUUCCUUGUCGCUGGACAAUUGUGGAAGGGCCACCUGCACAUCACCACCUGCAGUUUUGUGGCCCCUUGGAACAGCCUGAGCUCUUCCCAGCGCCGGGGCUUUACCAAAGCCUACUCUGAGGGCUGCAAGGAAUGCACAGUGUUCCCCUGCUCCUCCAUCCCCUGCAAGCUGCAGAGUGACACCCACUGCCUGUGGACGGAUCAGCUGCUCCAGGGUUCAGAGAAGGGUUUCCAGAGCCGCCACCUGGCCUGCCUGCCCCGGGAGCCAGGCAUGUGCACCUGGCGCUCCCUGCGCCAUCGGAUGGCCUGAGUCCUGACUCCGACAGAAGCUGGCGCCCGCACAGUGUUCACUCCCCUUCCCUGUUCCUGUCUUCUCUCUCUGAUGAUGAAAUAAAGAACUUCCACCCAG